GGCUAGUGGUGAUUCACGGAAGCUCUGAGUCUGACACUGUGCUGCCGGGUGAUAAAAAUUGUUUUUUCAGUGGUCCAGAGAGGUUUUUCGGGCGGUUUAAAGUGGGUUUUAUUCUAUAUUUUGAAGUUUUAAUUUCUGGGUAUUGAGAGAUGAAGUUUAUGAAGCUGGGAUCAAAGCCGGAUGCGUUUCAAGCUGAUGGCAACUGUAUCAGGUAUGUAGCAUCUGAGCUUGCUACUGAUGUUGUCAUAAUUGUUGGGGAAGUGAAAUUUUAUCUGCACAAGUUUCCUCUAUUAUCCAAGAGCAAUCGUUUGCAAAAGCUCAUACCGAGAGCCAGUGAGGAUAACACUGAUGAAGUCCGCAUGGUUGAUUUUCCAGGUGGACCAAAAGCCUUCGAGAUAUGUGCCAAAUUCUGUUAUGGUAUGACUGUCACCCUCAGUGCUUACAAUGUUGCCACUGCUCGAUGCGCAGCCGAGUACCUGGAGAUGACAGAGGAUGUUGAUCGUGGAAACCUAGUUUUCAAAAUUGAGGUUUUCCUAAAUUCAAGUAUCUUCCGCAGUUGGAAAGAUUCUAUUAUUGUCCUUCAGACUACCAAGUCUCUUCUACCAUGGUCUGAGGAUCUGAAGGUGGUUGGGAGAUGUAUAGACUCUAUUGCUUCUAAAACCUCAGUGGACCCAUCAAACGUCACUUGGUCAUACACCUAUAACCGCAAGUCAGCAGUGACAGAUCAGAUUAGUGAGAGUGGGGCAAGAUUACAGCAGAAGUUUGUCCCCAAAGAUUGGUGGGUUGAAGAUAUAUGCGAGUUGGAUAUUGACCUCUACAAGCGAGUAAUGUUUACUGUGAGGUCAAAGGGGAGAAUGUCCGCUGAUGUGAUUAGUGAGGCGCUCAGGGCAUAUGCUAUCAGAUGGCUACCAGAUUCUCUUGAUGCUCUGGUUUUUCAUGACUAUACCCAGAGGAACAGGUCUUUAGUUGAAACCAUCAUCUGCUUAUUGCCUUCUGACAAGGGUUCUGAAUGUAUGUGUAGUUUCUUGCUGAAGUUGUUGAAAGUUGCCAUCCUGGUUGGAGCUGGUGAUGCACCAAAGGAAGAACUUUUGAAGAGGAUCUGUUGGCAGUUGGAUGAAGCUACUGUCUCUGAUCUACUGAUUCCGGCACAAGCACCAGAUACCACCAUUUAUGAUGUGAAGCUGGUGCAGAAUAUUGUGAAUCGAUUUGUAAUGCAAGCCCGGCAUACUCAAGAUUUGGAUUUUGUUGAGAGAAAGGAGAAGGUUUCAGAUGUUUUCGUUUUGGGGAAAGGGUCAUGGCUGAAUGUUGGCAAACUUGUUGAUGGAUAUCUGACAAAAAUUGCCUGUGACCCAAAUCUACCUGUCUCCAGUUUCAUUGACCUCUCGCAAUUGAUUCCUGAAUCAGCUAGACCAAUUCAUGAUGGAUUAUACAAGGCUAUAGACAUCUACCUGAAGGAGCACCCUAAUUUGACGAAAAUCGACAAGAAAAAGAUUUGUGGCCUAAUGGAUGUCAAGAAAUUGUCAAUGGAUGCAUGUAUGCACGCAGCACAAAAUGAAUGUCUCCCACUUCGUGUAGUGGUCCAGGUCCUCUUCUUUGAGCAGGUCAGGGCUGCUGCUGGGGGCUUAAAUGCCCCACAAAAUGUUUCUCUUGAGAGUUCGCGUUCUACUGCAAACACAGAAGAAUGGGAGAGUACAGUGCCAGAGAACUGCAAAUCACUCAAGAAACAAAUGAGCCAAAUGAAGAUUCGUGAUGAUGAGCAUCAGAAGAUUCGGGAGAAGAAAACAAAGAAGGGCAGCAAAAACAAAGGUGGUGGUGUGUUGCUUCCAUCACGGUCAAGGAGAAUCUUUGACAAGUUGUGGGUUGGGGGUAAGGGGCAUGGUGGAAACAGGAGCUCAGAGACAUCAGGGAGUUCUCAGAGCCCAACUUCACUGAAUCCUGAGGAGACCAGAUCAUCUGGUUCCCCCAGACACACAAGGUAUUCCAUAUCUUAAAGUAUUUUGAGCUGUACAUGUCCUGAUGCAGUUCAGAAGAUUAUACUAUCAAAUCAAAGUGUAAAAAGUGGUGGUUUUCUGCUGAGGCUGAUUUAUGUCAUCUCUUCCUGCUAUAGUAAUCCGAAGAAGUUUUUGCUGCA